AUGGCAGAGCACAUCCCUCCCAACCCGCUCGUCGGCGCCUCGGCGGCCGCACCGACGCAGGCAAAGCUUGCAAAGGGCAAGACGGUCUUCAUCGACAACUACGACAGCUUCACCUACAACGUCGUCCAGUUUCUCGCCGAGCUGGGCGCUGAUCUGGUCGUCUACCGCAACGACAAGGUCACCAUCGACGAAAUCGAGGCGCUCAACCCCGCCAACAUUGUCAUUUCGCCCGGACCCGGCCACCCGCUUCACGACUCGGGCAUCUCGAUCCCCUGCAUCAAGCACUUUGCCGGAAAGAUCCCCAUCAUGGGCGUCUGCAUGGGCCUCCAGUGCAUCUACUCGGCCUACACCGGCAUCGUCGACUUUGCCGGCGAGAUUGUCCACGGCAAGACGUCGCCCAUCGCCCACGACGGCAAGGGCAUGUACGCCGGCCUCGCCGCCCACGGCGUCACCGGCACUCGCUACCACAGCCUCGCCGCCCAGCUCCCCAGCCUGCCCAAGGAGCUCGUCGUCACCAGCAAGACCGAGAGCGGCGUCGUCAUGGGCAUCCGACACACGCGCUUCACCAUGGAGGCCGUCCAGUACCACCCCGAGAGCAUCCUCAGCGUCGGCGGAAAGGAAAUGAUGGCAAACUUCCUCAGCUGGACCGGCGGCACCUGGGACCAGAACCCGCAGGCCGGCAUCACUGCACAGGACGUCCAGCAGGCCGAGGCCACCACCGAGCCGGUCCUAGCCAUGGGCGCAGCCGGUGCUGGUGCUGCUGCCGCUGCCGCCACCGCCGCUGCUCCCAACGGCGCUCCGCCGGCCACUGGCGCCGUCGGCACCAUCCUUGAGAGGAUCCACGCGCAGCGACUCAAGGACAUUGCCGCCACCAAGGCCGUGCCCGGCUUCUCGCAGCGCGACCUCGACAUUGCCCUCUCGCUGCACCUCGCGCCGCCGCAGAUCGACUUCCCCGCUCGCCUCACCCGCAACGCCGCCCAGGGCCUGCCGGGCGUCAUGGCCGAGAUGAAGCGCGCCAGCCCGAGCAAGGGCGACAUUGACCCGACGGCCCACGCCGGCGCCCAGGCGCUCGCCUACGCGCGCGGCGGCGCCAGCGUCAUCAGCGUGCUCACCGAGCCAAAGUGGUUCAAAGGCACGCUGCACGACCUUUCGCUGGCGCGCCGGGCCAUCGACAACCUGCCCGACCGCCCGGCGAUCCUGCGCAAGGACUUCAUCAUCGACACGUACCAGAUCGCCGAGGCGCGCCUGGCCGGUGCCGACACGGUGCUGUUGAUUGUGGCGAUGCUGACCGACGCGCAGCUCAAGACGCUCUACGACUACAGCGUCCGGCUGGGCAUGGAGCCGCUGGUCGAGGUCAACAACCCGGACGAGAUGAACCGCGCGCUCGCCAUCGGCGCCAAGGUCGUCGGCGUCAACAACCGCAACCUGCACGACUUUGUCGUCGACAUGAGCACCACAUCGCGCCUCGCCGACGCCGCGGCCAAGGGCGGCGUGAUUCUGUGCGCCCUCAGCGGCAUCAGCGGCCGGGCCGAUGUGGAAAAGUACAUUGGCGAGGGUGUGGGCGCGGUGCUGGUCGGCGAGGCGCUGAUGCGGGCCAAGGACAAGAAGGCCUUCAUCCACGACUUGCUUGGCCUGCCCACGUCGAGCUCGGCGACCCAGACGCUGGGCUAUGGCACGGGCGCGGCUGGCGUGCCCGACGAGGACCUGACGCCGCUCGUCAAGAUCUGCGGCCUGUCCACGCCCGAGGCUGCCGUCGCUGCUGCUCAGGCUGGCGCCGACAUGCUCGGCAUGAUCCUGGCCCCCGGCACCAAGCGCACCGUCGACCUCGUCCAGGCCGCCGAGAUUAUCAAGGCGGUCCGUUCGCUGGGUCAGUCUGUUGAGGCUGCUCCUUCUUCGACGCCCGCUGCUAUCGCUGCCGCGCCGACCGCCAGCGUGUCGCCGCAGGACUGGUUCUCGACGACGGUGUCCAAGCUGCGCCGUGCGCCGCGCAAGCCGCUCAUCAUCGGCGUGUUCCGUGACCAGGCCCUCGAAGAAGUUCAGCGGACGGCCGAGGUGCUGGGCCUGGAUGGCGUCCAGCUGCACGGGCGCACCGAGAACAUCGAGUGGGCCAAGUUCCUGCCCGGGCUGAUCGUGAUCCGGGUCUUCCACGUCGGCGGCGAUGCCGAGGAGGGCUACGGCUCGCUGGCCGAGGUGCGCCGCGGAGGGUACCACCACAUUUCCGCGCUGGAUACGGCGGGCACCGCUGCUGCCUCGGGCGGGCUGCCCGCCGGAGCGACGGGAGCGGGCGGGGGCGCCGAUGGGGGUACGGGCGUGUCGUUUGACUGGGGCAUCGCGCGGCGCAUCCGCGAUUCCGACCCGGUGGCCCAGGUGGUUGCGGGCACCGAGGCGAGGCCGAUGCCCGUGAUGCUCGCUGGCGGCCUGACGCCGUCGAAUGUGGCCGAGGCGAUUGGCACGGCGAGGCCGUUUUGCGUCGAUACCUCGAGCGGCGUCGAGUCCGAGGGGCGCAAGGACCUGGACAAGAUCCGCGCCUUUGUCGCCGCUGCCAAGGCGGCCAAGGGCGUCUAG